AUGAUUAAUAAAUUACCAGUCGAGAUCCAGGUAUCUCUCUUGAAGCUAGCUCCAGAAAGCUCCUUGAAAGGAGUUAACUCUCAUUUUUACUUGUUGUAUAACGAUUUAUUUUACGACAAGCUAAUCAGGAUAUUCGGAGAUGACGUGAUCAACAUCAUAGCUAAAGUCUACCCUUGGCUAAGAACAUAUAUCAUAUCUUUAGAUGCCUUCAGAUAUACAUGUCGCCAUAUCAUUGCUUCUCGUCUCGGGCUUACAGACAUAAUCGGGACUUCAAGGCAAUCCGAAGCAACCCAGAUAAUGCAGGCAAUGUUUGUAAGGGACUCAUGGAAAUACAUUUUUUCACUUUUCAAGAACAAAAGACUAUUUGCCGAGUACUCAGACUAUACAAUUGAUGAGCCUACGAAUUACAUUUUCGAUCACUACGUGGAAAUCAACCGUUCAUACCUCUUAUCAUACUCCAAAACCAUAUGGUUGUCUCCAGGUAGAUACAACUUGAAUAUUGCAUUAGUGAUAAAGCACGGCACUGGACUAGGAACAACGAAAUUCGAAGUCAAACAUUCAACAAGUGAUGGUAAUAUGUCGACGCAAACGUUUUAUCCCCCUUCUAACAUCAAUGAAAUUCUUCCAAAGAAGCAGUUUUGUUUCUUGAAAGUUGGGGAAUUUCAAAUACCGAAUACAUCCCGAAAUCUGGAAAUGAAUAUGUGUGAGAAUGGAGGACAGAAGAUGUGCAAGGUUCAAUUGACUAUGGAGGAGAUUGGACUCUUUUUAAAAUCGGGGUUUAGAAUAUUUUUCAUCGACAUUUCGCAGCCUUCAAUGCUCUUCAAUGAUUAUGAUCUUCUCUUCUACUCGUGCAAAGAGACGGACUACAAGUACUUCAUAAACCUCCCUCUAAAGAAUUUUUAUAAAGCACUCAACUUUAUUCAGAAUGGGGGAGUUGAUGAUUACUCGACGCCAAUUACUUACGGAAGUGGUAAUCCAUUCAAGAUUCAGUCCGAAUAUGACUAUAAUUUGCAGAUACCAGAGAGCGCAAAGAUACGACAGCAAAAUCAUAUUAUGAGGUACGCCAAUUUCUAUUAUCAGAAUACCUUUAGAAGGUGUUUUAAGUUCAAUACGGUGUACCAAAAACGUCAAUUCGUAAACCGUUUUGGAAACUACGAAACUGAUGAUGAUGGUCAAGGACAGGAUAAAUGUGUCUAUGAUCCCGACGGUCUUAAAUGGAAAAUUCCAAUCGUGGGUGAACUCUAG